AACGGUACGCGUCACGCGGGGCGCGACCAGCUGCGGCGCUGCCGCGAUUCCGAGAUGUCGAAGACAGCACUUUUCCGCAGGGUCCCUGCAUGUGGCUGCCUUUGCAGGUCUUGUGACGGCGUCUUCGAUGUGGAUGUCGGCACGAGCCCCGAGCGCCGUGGGACGCAUCUGCAGUCUUCGUGUCCGCCGCACAGGAGAAUGAUUCUGAGUGUGCACCCGAUGGGUAUACAAGACACUCAGAAAGCAUGGUACGCACCAGGGGCCCAUUCUUCACAUUUAUCACGUCACACGACCUUCUGACAGCAUGUAUACAUGGCUCCAAGCUCCUGGCAGUCACGCGGCCGGACGCGCAACACGGGACUUGCUCCAAACAGCUAGCAGCAUCUUGAU